AUGCUCUCGUAUCUUAUCACUCUCAUACUCACAUCGAGAACACUCGCCAGCCCUAUUGCCAACGGGCCGCCUGGCUACGGUGGAGGUUCACCAUGGCAAGGUUCACCUCCUGAUAACGGUCAGCCUUGGCAAGGCUCCCCACCUUGGUCUGGCUCUCCCCCAGGACAUGGAUCGCCACCAUGCUACGGCUCUCAAUGCAGUGGUAGUGGAAGCAACACCUGCAACCCACAAUCACCAUCAGAUCCUGGACCAGGCGUUGAGCACCACGACGUCACCCAGGUAGGAGGGUGGCUCUGGCCUUAUCAAGUAUUCAAGUCUUCGCCUCUGACUCCACCAGAGUGGGAGAUCAAUUCGACUGGUGCAGAGCUGGCACCUGGCUUGAUCUUCCUGACGAUCUCUGACACGCUCCCGUUGAACACUACCAAGCGUCCGUCACCCAAGAUCUUCACAGACAAAGGUCAACUGGUCUGGUCUGGUCCGAGGGGCAUCAGCACUAACCUCAAGUUCCAAGACUACAAUGGUAAACCCCAUCUAACGUACUGGAGCGGCGAGACUACCUCCGGGACCAACGUCGGCCACGGUUACGGCAACGUCACCUUCGUCGACGAGACGUACCAAGUCGGCCCCGUCGUUUGCCCAAACUACCCAUCCCUCAACUACUCCACGGACGGAACAUUCAAAUGCGAUGCGGAUAUCCACGAGUCGUACGUGACCGACCGGAACACCCUUCUCUCGUCCGCAUACAAUGCCACGCCCGCCGACCUGUCUUCGCAAGGUGGCCCCAAAGAUGGCUGGGCUUGGAGCAGCCAGUUCUACGAACUCGACCCAGCCACCGGCGACGUUCCCUUCCGCUGGGAUUCGCUCGAACAUGCUCCAAUCAACGAGUCCCAUCUUCCCCUCAACGUCAGCGCCGGCGACGGGAACUACAGCGCUCCCUACGACUACUUCCACAUCAACUCCGUCGUCAACAUCGGAGAUUACUACCUCCUCAACAGCCGCCACCUCUGGACCAUCUAUCUCCUCGACAAAACUGGCGAGAUCAUCUGGCACUUCUCGGGCGACGACGGCGGCGACUUCGGCCCUCUCCCAGACAACGGCCACUUCCGCUGGGAACACUUCGUCCGUCCUCACAAUGUCACUAACGACACCCUCGAGAUCUCCAUGUUCGAUAACGAAAACUACGUCCCGAACCAGGAUCAGGCCAACAUCCCCACCGCCCUCCUCGUCUACAAACUCCCCUUCCACCCGAAGCCGAACGAUGGAAAUACUUCACAGGCGGAGCUGAUCAGCAGAGUCCAGACGCAGGAAGACCUCAUCUCCUACAGCCAAGGCUCAUAUACCCCGCGCCUCGAGAAUGGGAAUCAAUUCGCUUGCUACGGUCAACUUCCGCGCAUGAUCGAAUUUGAUCCAGCAGGCAACACCAUCUGGGAAGGCCGCAUCGCGCCAGAUAAUUUGGCACAGAUCUAUCGUGCCUACAAACUGAAGGGCUGGCACGCAACGCCUAGCGAUGCUCCGGGCCUGUUCGUCGAGCGAGCCAACUCCACACAAUCGAGCAGCUCCAGCUCGUCCAGCUAUGGCGGCGAAUGGGGCCACGGCGGUGCACAGAGCGCAUAUCAUGGCUACGUCAGCUGGAACGGCGCAACAGAGGUCACGGGCUGGAAUGUCUACGUGGGCACUUCACAAGACAGUCUUACGUUGACGGGGACGACUGGCUAUCGAGGUUUUGAGACGCAGUUCAAUGUGCCUUGCUGGGCGAAGUUUGUGCAGGUGGGUGCUGUGGAGAGUGGGGAGGAAGUUAGGAGGUCGGAGGUUUUUGCUGUACUGUGA